GACGCGGAGCCGGCGUCCACCGAGUCAACCGAACGAACCCAAGCCCAGCGGUGGGAGUAGUGGCGCGGUGACUGGCGAGGCGAGUGCCGCAGUUCCUAACUCCGGUGGGCGCGCUCCCACCGCCGGACGGCUCAAAACCCGCCCUCCGCCUCCCGCGCUCCAGUCGAGAACGGUGCGUGGUGCCGCCUGGAGGAAGCAGCCCGGUCGCUGAGCCCGGCCCUCCGGACGUGACGUGCUGGUUGGGUAUCGCCGGAUAAGCGGGAAAGUCCACUGUGACAGGACGCCACCGGGUUUGGGGCAAUGUUCUCCUUGUUCUAUGGCCUAUGGAAGUAUGUGUUCACCAAGGACGAGUUCCGUGUUCUUAUUCUUGGUGUUGACAAAGCUGGCAAGACGACUUUGCUGGAGAAGUUGAAAUCGAUGUAUCUGAAGGGGGAAGGACUUCCACCUGAUCGUGUGGUUCCAACGGUUGGACUAAACAUUGGACGCAUUGAAGAUGCAAAGGCAAAACUUGUUUUCUGGGAUCUGGGUGGUCAGGUUGGUCUACGAACAAUCUGGGAGAAAUACUAUGAAGAGGCUCAUGCCAUAAUGUAUGUUAUUGAUGCUGCCACUGCAUCUUCAUUUGAAGAUUCCAAAUCUGCUCUUGAGAAGGUUAUCCACCAUGAGCAUCUGAGAGGAGCACCACUCCUGAUAGUUGCAAACAAACAGGAUUUACCUGGGGCCAUUGAUGAUGAAGAAUUGGCUAAAUUUCUGCAUCAAGAACUGGAUGAGAGGCCAUAUACAUUUCAGGCUGUAUCUGCAUAUGAUGGGAGGGGGAUCAAAUCUGGCAUAGACUGGCUGGUGGAACAAAUGGAAAAAAGCAAACGUACCGAGACACUGCAGGCUCGUGCUGGUGUACCUGGACAAAUUUAGAUUGGUAAGCUUGCAGCUGCGAUCAGAUGAUUUUGUUCAAGGGCAAAGCAUUGGAUAGGAGGGCUUCCUUUGUAUCGCAUAAGCAGUCAUUUGCUGCCUUCCGUGAUUACAAGGAUUAUCGUUCCAGACCGCCCACGGUGCUGCAAGAAAUGUUUGGGUGGUUACUCCUGCGGUGAUGGUGAGGCGAUUCGUUUGGUCUUAUUGAGUUGGCAUUCAUAUGUACCUAAAGAUUGCGAGCAUACAUGUAUAUAUGAUGCUUUUCAAUUUUCAUAUUAGACUAGUAGCGUCAAUACAGAGGAUCAAAGAGAGCCAUGUACUUAUGCCAUGUUCUUUGUAAGUGAUAAGAAAAAAGGGGAAACAAUUGAGCAAAGAAGGAAUUACUACAUCCCAAAUUGCUA